UGAACUCGACCCUUGUUGGUGUAUUUUUACUUUUGUACGAAUCCCGCGUUUUACGUUUGAGUCAGUUGCAGCCUUGAUGAUCCCGAUCGACUCCACCGUUAUACGUUUAUAGCAGGCUAUGAAAUGGAUGUAGCGUUGAUAUCGGGAAAAGAGCCCGCUGAGGAGAACGGUUCUGAUCAUGACGCCGCUGUGAAGGUGCUGCCAGGUGAUGUGGAGAUGGAGGAAACGAAAAGUGGCUCGCCCCGUGGGACCGCCAGGCCUAAAGAAACGGACGAGGGCGCCGCCGAGAGGCUGCGGCCGGUCUCUGCGCCAGGAGACGGGGAAAACAUCUGCGCGGUCUGCGGCUUCUCGGCCAAAUGUCCGAGAUCCCUGAAGAUCCACUUCACGCGAAUGCACGGGAAGAACUCGAAGAACAACAGGACCGCGAAGCCGGCCGAAGAAAAUGAAAACGCGUCGGACGAAAUCCAACAGGAAGUGGAAAUGGAGACGGAGAGCGCCGGCAAAAUGGAGUGCAACCAGGGGCGUGACGGCGACGAGCUGAGAGCGGCGGGCGGCGUCGACACGAGCGGUACGACUGGAAAGGAAACGUUACCAGACACACAGCAGGCCGAUCGAGAGGAGGCGGUCCCCACACAGGAGAGGAGGGUGAGCAAGAGAACCCCGAAGCCGAAGAUGAUCCACUCCUGCAACUACUGCGGACAAGAGUUCCGGGACAAGUCCCCUCUGGACGUGCACAUGCAGAGAUACCACACCAAAGACACCCCGUACACAUUCGAGGCCGGCGAGAACACGAGCGGAGCCAAGGAGGCGGAAGAUCCCGGCAGCGCCGCGAAGGCCCCGCCCAUCCGCGUGGCGGCGAAGCGUCCGUUCAGCAGGUUCCAGCUGAAGUGCUACAACUGCGACUUCAGGGUCAGCACGCCGGCGCUGCUGGAGAACCACACGCGGGACAUCCACCCGGGCCAGGCGUGGUACCGCUGCAAGCUGUGCGACGUCCUGGCGGCCACGCCGGAGUGGAUGGAGGCUCACCUGUCCUCGGACGGCCACGCGCGGCGGCAGGAAGGGGACCCGGGCGGCGACUCCGCCUCCUUCGACGCCUGCGUCGAGAGCGUCGACGGGGACUCCGUGGGAGACGCCGGCCUCGUCGAUGAACCGGCCGGCGGAGAGUCGGCGGCGGCGGCUUCGACGGCUCCGACGACGGCGGCUCCGACGAAGGGGAAUCGGGAAACGAGGGCGGCUCCCGUCGACGAGGAGGAUUCGGAGCCGGAAACCCCGAGGAGGAAGCGAGGCCGGCCGAAGCAAGGCUCCACGACCACCUGCGGCUACUGCGGCCUGGUGGUGUCCAACGCCACCAACCUCAGCGUCCACGUCCGCCGCAAGCACAGCAAGGAGUACGGCUACAGCUGCACGCUGUGCAACUACAGCUGCGUGACCAAAGGGGACAUGGACCGCCACUGCAUCACCAAGAAACACGUGCGGCGCGCGCAAGAGAGCGCCGGCGAGAACCGAGACGCCGGCGUCCCCGCGGCGGCCGGGGAAGCGCAGGAAGCCGACGCGGCGCGGCAGAGCGCCGACAAAGAGGCGGAGUCCGACGACUCGGUGGCGGCGGCAAACGAGCGCGGCGGCGACGACGAGGAGGAAACGCGGUCCGACGGCGGCCAGAAGAAAAGCAAAUACGACCCCGUCAGCGCGUGCGGCUUCUGCGACUUCGUGGCCCAGUCGAUCCCGUCGCUCCACCUGCACGUCAAGAGGAAGCACACCAAAGACUUUGAGUACGUCUGCCUGGCGUGUAGCUACUACGCCGUGACGAGCCGCGAGAUGUCUCGCCACGCCGUCACCGAAAAGCACAAACUGAAGAGCCAGAGCUACCUGGAGCCGCCCGGCGGCGAGGAGCGGGGAGAGCUCGCGGAGGCCGACUCGUGUUCUGAGGACGGCCACGCCGCCGAGAGUCAGAAUGCAGACGCGACCACAGAGCCUGCCGAGGACAAUGAGGACAAUGAGGACAAUGAGGACGCUGAGGAUGCUGAGGAUGCUGAGGAUGCUGAGGUUGCUGAGGAUGCUGAGCUCGUUAAGGUUGCUGAGGAUGCUGAGCUCGUUAAGGAUGCUGAGGAUGCUGAGCUCGUUAAGGUUGCUGAGGAUGCUGAGCUCGUUAAGGAUGCUGAGGAUGCUGAGCUCGUUAAGGAUGCUGAGGAUGCUGAGCUCGUUGAGGAUGCUGAGGAUGCUAUGAAUGUUGAACCUGCUGAGGAUGCUGAGCUCGUUAAGGAUGCUGAGGAUGCUGAGCUCGUUAAGGAUGCUGAGGAUGCUAUGAAUGUUGAACCUGCUGAUGAUGCUGAGGAUGCUGAGGAUGCUAUGAAUGUUGAACCUGCUGAGGAUGCUGAGGAUGCUGUUGCCGCGGUAGCUAGCAGUGCAGACGAGAAGCAAGUAGAGAGUCUGUCGUCCUCCAGUAGCAGGGAGCCGGUUGGACUCGUGGAGCUGUGUGAAGAAGCCCCAGCAGAACUUCUUCCUGCGGUGGAUCAGUGCGCACAGCAGGAGAGCCCUGAGGAAGAGGGGAAGCCAGCGGACGAAGAACCCCCGAGCGCGGACGAGGAACUCUCGAGCGACGUCGGCCACCCGAACGCACAGAUGUCCCGAGCGCCGCCCUUCGACGCCUGCAUCGUGUCCGUGAAGGACCUCGCCGAGCAGGAGCGGCGGCAGCGGGGCGGCCCGGCCCCGGAGGGCGAGGCGGCCGUCGUCUGCCUGACGGGCGGCGUCCCGACGCCCUCCGACUCGAGCCACGUGCGCAAGAUCCGGCGCAAGGCGCCGAAGGCGAGGCGGGAGGCCAAGCGGAGCAACGCCCGCAUCCGCUGCGAGGACUGCGGCUUCGUGGCGGACGGCGUCAGCGGCCUCAACGUGCACAUCUCCAUGAAGCACCCGUCCAAGGAGAAGCACUUCCACUGCCUGGUGUGCGGCAAGUCGUUCUACACGGAGAGCAACCUGCACCAGCACCUGACGAGCGCCGCGCACCUGCGCAACGAGCGCAACAGCGUGGAGACGCUGCCGGAGGGCGGCGCCGGCUUCAAGUGCGUCAAGUGCACCGACCGCUUCGCCUCGGAGCAGGACCUGUUCGUGCACAUCAAGGAGAAGCACGAGGAGCUCCUGAGGGAGGUCAACAAGUACGUGCUGGAGGACACGGAGCAGAUCAACCGCGAGCGCGAGGACAACCAGGGCAGCGUGUGCAAGCACUGCGGCAAGGUGUGCAAGAGCAGCAACUCCAUGGCCUUCCUGGCGCACAUCCGCACGCACACAGGAUCCAAGCCCUUCAUGUGCAAGAUCUGCAACUUUGCGACGGCUCAGCUGGGCGACGCCAGGAACCACGUGAAGAGGCACCUCGGCAUGAGGGAGUACAAGUGCGACAUCUGUGGGUGGGCCUUCGUGAUGAAGAAACACCUCAGCACCCACAUGCUGGGCAAACACGGAGUCGGACAGCACAAAGAGAGGAAGUUUGAAUGCGAGCUGUGCGACCGCUCCUUCAGCGAGAAGUGGGCCCUGAACAACCACAUGAAGCUGCACAGCGGGGAGAAACCCUUCAAGUGCGUGUGGCCAUCGUGCCACUACGCCUUCCUCAACCUGUCGGCCAUGAAGGACCACUACCGCACGCACACAGGAGAGAAGUCUUAUCUAUGUGACCUGUGUGGUUUUGCCGGCGGCACGAGACACGCCCUCACCAAACACCGACGCCAACACACAGGAGAGAGGCCCUUCAAGUGUAAGAUCUGCAACUUCGCCUCCACCACUCAGUCCCAUCUGUCGCGGCACAAGCGCGUUCACACGGGGGAGAAACCCUACCGCUGCCCCUGGUGCGACUACAGGUCUAACUGUGCAGAGAACAUCCGUAAGCACAUCCUCCACACGGGUAAACAUGAAGGCGUGAAGAUGUAUAACUGUCCUAAGUGCUCCUCGGCCACCAACUCGCCCAUGGAGUUCCGGAACCACCUGAAGGCGUGUCACCCCGACAUCGAGAACCCCGACCUCGCCUACCUGCACGCAGGCAUCGUGUCCAAGUCCUUCGAGUGCCGUCUGAAGGGUCAGGGCGCCGCCUUCGUGGAGAUGGAGGCGGCGGAGGCGGCGGCCGACGAGCCGCUGCAGCAGGUCAUCAUCAUCCAGGGCUACAGCGACGGCGAGGUCACCAUCGACCACGCCCUGGAGGAGUCGGCCGCCGCCACCUUGCAGACGCUCGCCAUGGCGGGCCAGGUGGCGGAGGUGCUCCACAUCACGGAGGACGGCCAGCUCAUCGCCUCGGGCGGCGAGGCGGCGGCCGGCGGCGGCACGCAGUACGUGGUGCUGGAGUCGGGCGACGCCGGGAAGGAGCUCCGGGCCAUGGCGAGGGCCGGCGCCCGCGGCCACGUGAUCUCGGAGUCGUCCACGGCGCUGGACGCUCUGCUCAGCGCCGUCAGCGAGAUGGGGCAUCACGAGGAGAGGCGGGGGGGGGGCGAGGGCCUGAGCCCCGAGAUCGCCGAGGCGGUGCGCAGCGUGGUGCAGGCGGACCCGAGGCGGGACGACGACCACGAGAUGCAGGCGGGCGCCGGGAUGCAGGAGGUGCUGCAGCUCGCCGCCUCCCAGAUGAUGAAGGAGGGGCUCACCCAGGUCAUCGUCAACAACGAAGGGACGCACUACAUCGUCACGGAGCUGGACAACUGCACCCUGCAGGUGGAGGGGGGCGUGUACGGGGAGGAGGGGGAGGGGCAGCAGGCGGAGCCUCAGGCGGGGGAGGAGAUGGUGGUGUAUCUGGACGGAACGCCGCAUAAUAUAGUUCUGGAAGGGUAGCGGGGGGGCGGUCUACUUCCUGUUUACUUCCCGUGGUCAGUUCUGUUUCCUGUCUUCGUGGUCGGGGGUCAUGGAGAGAGGAUGAACAGGUGUCGGUGCUCCGUGAGUUAAGUUGCAAUAAACUCGAUUAAUAACGCGCAACUUUCGGGAAAUUAAUAUUCCCUGAAUUCGAUCUUAUAUUCUUCGUUAGAAAAGGACAAUAUGCAUUUGUUGUUGUUUUCUUUUAUACCGUUUAAGUUGUUGGUUACAGCUCACAAUGACACAUCAGUUCAUUCAUUUGUGUCUAUUUUUCUUUUCUUUUCUGUUUUUUAGGACUUUGUAGAGAUUCGUUUAUUACGAGUUAAGACACAAUAUCCUUUUAGGACGUAAAAAAACCCUCCAAAACGGAUCUCACAGACGAUUUAUGAGUCAUGACAAAGAGUUGGUGAUUAUAUAUCAGCUCUGUGUG